AAACUGUGUCACUAACUGUGGCGAAGUGACCGCCGGCGAGCCUCUGAAAGUCUUCAGUUUGACUUGGUCCAGAAGAGACCAUGUCCGCCGUCACAGGCAAAUUGUAUUCACCUUUAAUCGCAUUUAAAACUAAUUCUCCAUGAUAUAACAGUAACGCAGGGCCUGAAGGAUGGCCGGCUCGGGUGCUGUUCAGGUGAAACUGGAACUCGGACAUCGCGCCCAGUUCAGAAAGAAACCCACAGCGGAAGGCUUCACUCACGACUGGAUGGUGUUUGUUCGAGGACCGGAGAAUUGCAACAUUCAACACUUUGUGGAGAAAGUUGUUUUUCACCUGCAUGAAAGCUUCCCGAAGCCAAAAAGAGUAUGCAAGGAUCCUCCAUACAAAGUGGAGGAGUCUGGAUAUGCUGGAUUCAUCUUGCCUAUUGAAGUCUACUUCAGAAAUAAGGAAGAACCGAAGAAAGUUCGCUUUGAUUACGACCUGUUCCUCCACCUUGAAGGUCACCCGCCUGUCAAUCAUCUCCGCUGUGAAAAGCUCACGUUCAACAACCCAACAGAGGAGUUUCGCAGGAAGCUGCUCAAGGCUGGAGGGACACGGGAUCCCCACAAACGAGGUUCAGAAGAAUCAAAACAGGUGAUGGUAAUGCAGGAAGGAUCAACCUCCCUGUUCAGCCAGCACCUCAAGCUGCCAACGCUUCCCAACAACUCGCUGACAUCCUCCUCCUCUGAUCCAAAGAAGAGCAAGAGCUUCCACACUUCAAAGGAUUGCUUCAAAGGAGGUAGAACUGACCUCCUCACAACAGCCACAACCACCAGCACUAACACCAGCAGCUUCUCCAAACUCCACAAACCCUCCAAGGACCACAAAGAAAAGCCUUUAAAAGACUUGAAAGAUCCCAAAAGUGCCUUUAGAGACUCUAGCUGGGAAUCCUCAAAAGUCCCCAAAGAAUCUUCAAGGAAACCCAAAGAGAAUCAGCCACUCAGAGAUAGCAAUCCUAAGAUGGGUUUUAAGGAACCCAAGUCUUUGUCCAAGGAUCAUCGAAGCGAGGGACUGACCCAUGGAUCAGGGUUAAACAAGCGUCUCUCUACGUUGGACAGUGAUGAUCUUAUGACCAAAAAACGCAGAAAGGGACAUCUGGAAUCAUCGGCAAAGCAAAUGUCAGGUUCAGACUCUCAUUAUUCUGACAAGAAAAGAUUGCAGAUGGGGACAAGUAAACUACGUCCAGACCUGGAUGAAGCAGAGCGCAGGAAAGUGUCUAGGCUUCCACCUUUCCAGGAGCUGGUGGACCCUAACGACUCUGAUAUGGAAGAUCAGUCCAAAUCAGAUUCUGAACAGCCCAGUCCUGACAGUUCCAGCUCCAGUUCAGGCUUUGCUCCCACACAGCACAAACGUCAAGUGCUUGGGCCGCUGCAGUCAGUGGUGCAGGAUCUGCAGUCUGACGACAACGAUGACGAUUCAGAGGACAUUGAUGACAACGACAUAGACUCUGAUGCAGAACGACCCACACAAACCCGUCUGACACACCAACACAGUUUAAGUGAUGGCAGUGAGACUGAUGGCUCCUCUCCCUCACCCCCCUCCCGUAAAGAAGCUCCAACUUUAAUAAAGACCACCAAUAACCAGAUACUUGAGGUAAAGAGCCCCGUCAAACAUAGCAAGCAAGACAAGAACGAAAACACAGAUUGUGACAAGGCAUACCUGGAUGAGCUGGUAGAACUUCACAAAAGACUGAUGACUCUAAGAGAAGGUCAUAUACUCCAGCAGAUCGUAAACCUCAUCGAGGAAACAGGGCAUUUCCACAUCACAAACACUACUUUUGACUUUGACCUUUGCUCCUUGGACAGAAGUACAGUUCGGAAGCUGCAGAGUUACCUGGAAACUUCGGGACUGUCCUGAGGCUUUGAGCGGCUGUGCUGCUGAAUCUUACUUUGACUUUUCCUGAGAAAAUUCAAGGUUCAUUGUUGCACUGUGUCCAGCCUGCUGGUGCACUGAGUAACAAGGUCAUCCUGCUGCAGAAACCAGUGGGAGGCGCUGUGGGGACUGAGCCCUGUCGAUCAGGAGAUCACCUGGAAGGCCUUGAAACUUCAGUUGAGGAAAGGUGGCUGUGUUGCUCUUAAUGAAUGUGCAUCUUGAUACCAUGUAUGUUUCUUGAUUUGUCGUUCAUUGUGACAAACGCACGGUCAGCAUUGCCUUACAACAUUGUCUUAUUUAUUGAAUUUAUUUUGGAGAUGUGUGUGUGUGCGUGUGUUUAAAUGGUUAAGGCAGAAGGAGACUGUGGAAGCACUUCACAAAGGACAGAUCUUACAAUCUGGGUGAUAUUUGAACAUGACAGUUUGACGUUCUUCAGCUCAAACAAAAAUGCCCCAGCAGCUGUGAGCGCAUAUGGAUCCUUUCCUGAUCCACUGCUUUAUCCAUCAAAUAUCAUUUUAGAAUUCAGAGGUAAGAAAAUUAGGGCAAUGAAACUUGAAUGACAAUUAGGAAAACUACGUUUUGACACAAAUGUGGUUUAGAGCUCCAGAUGGUGUUGAACUGACCUAUUAACUUUUUGAAAGGUAUGUGAAUCAUAUUUGUCAGUUACUUCAUGCCUAUUUUGUCUCCAAAAAACAUUAGUUUAUAAGCAACAUAUAAAGCAUCUAAAUCACAGAGGCGCUCAGUCUCACCAGUCCAGUUUUUGGAGUUAUUAAAACUCCGCAAAGAGUAAGAGAAAUUGUUUGGUUGAUUUUACCUGUGUUGUAACAAUGCAGAUUAUUUCAGAGUUGACUUUGAAAAACUUGACAAAUCCUCACUGCCAAUGCCAAACAACUUUCGGUGGAGGCAGGGUGAUAUUGUGGGGCAUCAGUUUAUUCACUGGACAAAUGAGGCUCGUCAUUAUUGGAGGCUAUCACAAUGCAACUCUACCCUCCAAUAUGCCAACGCUGCCCCCACAGUGUGUUUCUUAUCAGAAAAUAUCUCCAGAGAGUAGCAGUAAAAAGGAUGGAACAUCCUGCCUGCAGUCCUUACCACAUGGGAUCCUGUAAUGUUCCUACCAGAAUGACCAACACAACUUCACUGGCUAACUUGUGACAAACGCUGGUUAGAGAAUAAGAUGCCGUCCCACAGCAGUGUGUGACCAGGUUGGUGACCAUUAUGAGGAGAAGGUGAUAGGCUGCCGUGGUUCUGUUUGGUUCUUCCACACACUACUGAGGCCCCUUUUGUUAAUUGAAUAAAUUAUGUUGCUAAAAUGUCUUGUUUCUUUAAAUUUCUAUAAUCCAAUAAAAUGACUGGCACCAAACAAGAGCCAAUAGCAAUGACAUUGAGACAAUUUGGCAAAUUUUUCCUAGCUGCCACCCACAAAUUAAUUUUACUUACAAAUGUGGAACUAUUUAAAGGGACAUAAUCAAGCUUUUCAUAAUGGUGUGGGAUUUAUUGCCAGGAAGCAUUGUUACAACAAAUUAAUAAAUGAGCAAAUAAAUGUUUUUACUUUUUAUGUUAAGUGUGGUAAUAAUCUGUUAGGACAGAUACUGCUCUUCUUGAAUAUUCAGAUAUUCCAUUCUGUGUUCAGGUUGCUGUAAUCUUUUUUCUCACCAAACGUCUUUCUGCCAUCCUUGGAUGUGAGCUCCUAGAACAGAGUUAAAGGUUGUAGGAAGACUGGGAGGAAAACCUCCAUUUAUGCUGUCAAACGUUAGGACAGAAGCUCUUGAUCACUACAUUUCUGUGGAGAGCUAUUUUUUUAUGGGGGGGGGAGGGGUUUGAUGGCCAGGUAUUGUUGUAGGUGUGAAAAACAGUUUUAUUUAUUUUGGCAGGCUGAGUUGGCAAAUCAAAGUUUAGCAUUUCUUUUUCAAAGAGGCCAUCAUAUCUAGAUUUGUCUCUGGGACAUAUUUGCCAGUGAAAUAAACUGAAGAUGAGCAUAGUCUCUUUCAAACAAUCCUGAAGGGUUAUCUUUUUUACCCUGUGCUCUUUCUUAGGGUCUCUUGUGUAUUUUGGAAACAAUAAAUGUUUUGUAUGAUGUACAUUAAAACUGCUUUUCAUUGA